AUGAUUUCCACACCAAGAACGAACACCUCAGACAACCACAGCUUGACUGAAGAUGGCAUUGAUUCUGCUUCAUUUCACAGCACCAUUAGUAGAGUUUGUGUCCUGUGCCUGCUCCUACCAAUCCCCAUCUUCGCCAUCAUUGGGAAUGUCUUCAUCAUGGCUGCAUUUGCACUUUUCCAAUGCCUCCGUACGCCUACAAAUGCUUUCAUUGUGUCUCUGGCAGUAGCAGACUUCCUUGUUGCUGUGCUAGUGAUGCCUUUCAGUUUAGUCCGCUCCGUUGACAGGUGGCACUUUGGGCUCUGCUUCUGCCAAGCACACCUCUUUCUGGAUAUGACCUUUUGUACAACGUCCAUUUUUAAUCUCACCUGUGUGGCACUGGACCGAUACAUAGCAGUGUGUGACCCUCUGCACUACCCUGUCCGGAUGUCUUUCAGACGUGUUGGUGCAAUGCUGCUGCUGUGCUGGGUUCUGCCACUGGUCUUCUCUGCCCUGUGUGUGUCCCUCGGUAUGUACACGCAGUCUGCUCGCACUGUGGUAACAAACAGCACAUUACUAGAAACUCAGACCUGUCUGGCCACGUUUCAGCUCCCCUAUGCAUUUGCCACCUCUGCGAUAUCCUUCUUUAUUCCUUUGGGGUUCAUGCUGUUUGCGUAUGGGAAAAUCCUCAAGGCUGCCCAGAGACAAGCGAGAUGGAUACAUGCAAUUGAUCACCAUACUGGGCAGCUUCAGAUGAAUCAGACCUCCAUGAGGACUGACCCUAGCAGACAAGUUCAGGCUCAUGUGGAAAGAUGUUCUUUAAAGAAGAAGGAGUGGAGAGCUGUGAAGACGCUGGGUCUGAUCAUGGGGGUCAUCCUGUUCUGUUGGCUUCCUUUCUUCUGUGUGAACAUCAUUCAUCCUCUGAAAGGCUACAGCCUCAGCCCUCUGCUCCUGGAGGCUUCAAUGUGGCUGGGAUAUGCCAACUCUUCUCUAAAUCCUUUCCUUUAUGGUUUAUUUAACAAGAACUAUGGUCAUGUGUUUGCAGCCAUGUUCGACUGGGGGACUUUAGGGCGCCAGUUACGAGCGGGUUUGGAUUCCUCGACCUUUGGAAGGCAAGCGCAUACUGUGGUUACCUUGGAAACCAUUUCAGGAUGA